GUUUUGAUUGGAUAAGAGCUGACAGGUAUUGCAGCCAAUCAACAUAUGGUAUGUGCUCUAAUAAAAACCUGUGACAGGAAAAAUACUUCAUAUUUCUGAUUUCAAGCUUACUGUGAAAAUGAGUGGAAGAGGGAAAGGUGCGAAAACCAAGGCAAAGGCGAAGUCUCGUUCGUCUCGAGCUGGACUGCAGUUUCCAGUUGGUCGUGUUCAUCGGCUACUUCGUAAAGGGCACUAUGCUCAGCGAGUAGGUGCUGGUGCGCCAGUUUACAUGGCUGCCGUGCUGGAAUAUCUGACAGCCGAAAUUCUGGAGUUGGCUGGAAACGCUGCCCGGGACAACAAGAAGACUCGUAUCAUCCCCCGUCACCUGCAGCUUGCCGUGCGCAACGAUGAGGAGCUGAACAAGCUUUUGGGCCGUGUUACUAUCGCCCAGGGCGGAGUGUUGCCCAACAUUCAGGCUGUGUUACUGCCCAAAAAGACGGAGAGGGCAGCUAAAGCCAAGUAAACUGCUCGACUGAUCCAAAAUCCAAAGGCUCUUUUCAGAGCCACC